AUGGCCAUCGACAUGAAUGUCCACGAGCUAUUAGUUAUUGGACAGGUUCAAGGAGAGUGGGCCGUGAAGAAUCCAAAGAUUAUACCUUAUGUGAAGUGUGUAAACAAACUAUGCAAAAGAUUUCGUAAGAUUGAGUUCAGACAUACUCCCAGAAUACAUAAUGGGUUGUCCGAUUCCCUUGCCACCAUCGCUUCGAUGAUUAAGCAUCCAGACACUGAGUAUAUUGAUCCUCUAUAUAUAGAGAUGAAGGAACAUCCAAUCCAUUGUUCACAUGUGGAAGCAAAACCAGACGAUUUGCCAUGGUAUUUUGAUAUAAGGAAGUAUUUAGAGUCUGGGAAUUAUCCAGAACAUGCAACAUCCAACCAGAAGAAGUCGAUACAUCAUAUGGCUCUCAAUUUCUUCUUAUUGGAGAAGUCCAUUACAGGAGGACUCUAG